AUGUCACACUCACAUAACCUGCAACAACAUAUGCAGGAUAUAACACACGCCGACAUCAUUAAUGUUACCAUCACAGUCCCCUUGAACGGCCAUGACGCUGCCUGGCGCCUGAAUCUUGAGGUACGACAAUCUUUACGACCAAAUGGUCUAGCUGUACGACCAAAUGGUCUAGCUUUACGACCAAAUGGUCUAGCUGUACGACCAAAUGGUCUAGCUGUACGACCAAAUGGUCUAGCUGUAGGACCAAAUGGUCUAGCUGUAGGACCAAAUGGUCUAGCUGUAGGACCAAAUGGUCUAGCUGUAGGACCAAAUGGUCUAGCUGUAGGACCAAAUGGUCUAGCUGUAGGACCAAAUGGUCUAGCUGUAGGACCAAAUGGUCCAGCUUUACGACCAAAUGGUCCAGCUUUACGACCAAAUGGUCCAGCUUUACGACCAAAUGGUCCAGUUUUACGACCAAAUGGUCAAGCUUUACGACCAAAUGGCCAAACUUUAGGACCAAAUGGUCCAGCUUUACGACCAAAUGGUCCGGCUUUACGACCAUUUGGGUCAAGCUUUACGGCCAAACGGUCCAGUUUUACAAUGGAAGAAAGAAUGUGA